UAGUGACACUGGCUAAUGAUACGUGUCAAGAAGAUUUUACACACAUUCCGUAUUGUCGUUCAUUGAAAUUCACUGUGUGCUGUAUAAACUACUUUCUGAAUUGAUUGAACCAAUUUGAUAGGGAAUUUUCUUCUAAUUUAACCAAAGAACUGAAUACACAGCUAAUAAAAUGGAAGGCGUUCUACUGGAGCCGACUUUGUUCACCGUCAAGGGAAUGUGCAUUUUGGAUAAUGAUGGCAAUCGAAUUCUCGCCAAAUACUAUGACAAAAACAUUUUGGCCACCGUCAAAGAGCAGAAAACAUUUGAAAAGAAUUUGUUCAACAAAACGCACCGGGCUGCAUCGGAAAUUAUCAUGUUAGAUGGGCUGACGUGUGUUUACAAAAAUAAUGUCGAUCUCUUCUUUUACGUGAUGGGAAGCACACAAGAGAAUGAGCUGAUUUUGUUGUCAGUGCUAAACUGUCUGUACGAUUCCAUCAGUUUGAUACUGAAGAAGAAUGUGGAGAAGCGAGCAGUAUUGGAUAAUUUAGAUAUCAUCAUGUUGGCAUUUGACGAAAUCUGUGAUGGCGGAAUCAUUCUGGAAGCGGAUCCAUCGGCGGUGGUGAAACGUGUCGAUUUACGCAACGAUGACAUUCCAAUCGGAGAGCAAACAGUGGCACAGGUGAUCCAAUCAGCAAAAGAACAACUUAAAUGGUCACUUCUAAAAUAAUCUACUUUUACUUUAACCUUCAAAGAAUCUACCCAUUCAUUUACUAAUUCAGCCAAGAAUCCAAUGUAAUAUUAUUUUAACACAGCAAAAUAAAAUUGUAAACGAAAAAUGAAGAAGAAGAAAAAAACAUUUCAAAUGAAAACAUC